CCUAAAGCUGAGCAGUCAAUAGUUUCUACUCUGAAGAAGUCGAGAUCGCUGGUCAUCCAGGUGUCCAACACUCUGUCAGCCUAGAGCACUAGCUCCCAUGAUGCAUGGCAGCCUGGCAUGGGCCUGAUCCUGGAUCCAUGCCCAAGUAGUAUGGCAGCCCACCAAUGCCCAGUGAGACCACUUCCCUUGCUUCCUGUUCUCCUGCUCACCUUCUUGCCUUCGAGGAACUCUGUCCUCAUCACAGAUGAAGAGGCUGCUUUAGUGGCAGAAGUACCCAAGGAAAUCUUCUGUUUUUCUCGAACCUUUAUGGAUCUCACGUGUUUCUGGAAUGAGUCAGCACAAGGAGACGGGGCCUAUCGUUUCUUCUACACAUACAAAGGAGACAGUAGCAGAGAAUGCACGCUGACCUCAGUGACACAGGGAGAUGGAGGCUGGUGCCACAUCUGCAUCUUUCCCAACGACCAUCUUGGCACCCGCCUCUUCAUAGAUCUCUACAUUGAGGUGGUGAACAUCACUAGCAAUCUCACCAUGUUCAACCGCAGUCUCUCAGUGGAAACCGUUGGCCUCAUUGCUCCACCAACUAAUAUAACGGCUAAGUGGCCCGGGCUGGCACGACAGUUGCAUGUGAUCUGGGUUCCUCCACCCAUCUACUUCCAGGACUUCUUGUUCUAUGAGGUUCUCUAUGGUGUUGAAGGCUCCACACAGCUCCCUUCCAGGAUUGAAGUGGGGAACAACCACUUGUGCCAUCUGAAGGGCCUGCUCCCUGGGCAGCGGUAUCGGAUCCAAGUGCGCACCAAGCCUGAUGGCAUUUCUUUCAGUGGCUUCUGGGGACCCUGGUCACCAGCAGUGUUAGCAGAGACACCUCAUCUUCCUGAGAAUAUUGGCCUCCAGUGCUUCACUCCUGAUCUGCGUCAACUGCACUGCCAAUGGGAAAUGGAGCCUGGUCCUUCUCACAGCCUAUUGCACUGGGCAGAAGACAACAGCAGCAGUGCAAGAACACAAGCCUGGCAUAAGUGUGAGGAGAAAGAAGAGAGAAGCGAGCCCCACCAUCACCCUCAUUCCCAUGUCUGCAUCUUCCAGCCUAGCAACUCUAGUUACAUCUCUGUCCUGCUGACUAUCACUGAGGGACAGCUUCAGCAGGAGGUCAGCUACUUCAAAGAGCCAUUUGAACUGCACCACGUGGUGUUCACUGCCCCACCAAUGAUCCUGCAAGCCACUGUGGAGAGAGGCGUACUAAAGCUGGAGUGGGCCACAUCCUUGGAGGAAUUAGCGGCACACAUGGUGUAUCAGAUACAGUAUGCAGAUAUGGAACAAAACACCCCAAAUUGGAAGGAUCUGCAGGUGCGGUACUCAACCAACACUGAGAUCCAUCACCUGGCUCCUGGGAGUCACUACUGCCUUCAGCUACGUGCCCAGCCAGAUGGGCAGAAGUUCCAAGGGAGAUGGAGUGCCUGGUCAGAAAUGGUGUGCAUUGAAGUCCCAGCUGGAGCAGGUUCAACCAUCUUGAAUGUGGCAGUUGCACUUUUGCUCUGUGCAGGACUUGUGUUGGGAGUUGGCUGCACCUGCUUUUCUAUGUACAGCAGUGUGAAACAAAUACUCUGGCCACCCAUCCCAGACUUUCACCAUGUCCUGGAUGGAUUCCUUGAGGACAACAAGAAGCAGCAACAGCAGGUGAAUGCUUUCUUCUGCAACAAAACUUUGGAGGACACACCUUUGACAUGCCUACUGGAAGUGCUGUCUGAGCGCCCCCUGGAAACAACAGGCUAUGGCCCCUUCCCCAGUGUUGUGGCAGCGGAGCAGGCAAAAUGGGACAGCCAGUCUUCUUCCCAUCAGUUGUACAUGGCAAGUAGCAAUCAAGGGAGCCAUCAGGAAAACGAGUAUUUUGACAGUGCAGGUGAUGGGUAUGACACCCUCCCCAUGUCCUUGGAACAUGGUUCAAUCACAGUUGCAGAGAGUCAACUUUGUUCAGUUACCUCGCUCAACACACCACUUUUCGCUCCAGAGACAAAAGAGGGAAGAAACUGGGAAGCUUCUGGAGAGCCAUCCACGUCCCCCACACACAUCUCAAACCAGUCUUAUCUGCUAAUGGGCUGACUGGGCACGCCCACUAGAGGGCAGCAGCAAGAGAGACAAUCAGUCUCAUGGAUGUUUGCCGUAUUAAUAGGAAUUCUGCAUUAUAUGGGAGAUAUUUUACUAUCAAGUCCUGCACCUUUGAGUUUGUUUUCCAUGCACCAACUGCCCUUAGGAGCUAAUAGCACCAGGCUGGGAGAUGGAAUGAAGAGGAAUUUCUAGCAGCCAUGCCUUGGUAAAGUAAAGUGUGCCGUCAAGUCGAUUUCGACUCCUGGCAUCCACAGAGCCCUGUGGUUUUCUUUGGUAGAAUACAGGAGGGGUUUACCAUUGCCUCCUCCCGCGAAGUAUGAUACGGUGCCUUUCAGCAUCUUCCUAUAUCGCUGCUUCCCAAUAUAGUACCAGCGGGGAUUCAAACCAGCAACCUUCUGCUUGUUAGUCAAGCAUUUCCCCGCUGCACCCCUUAAGAUGACUAUUAAUCAAGGCCUAUUACAGAUGCUCAAAUACAAUGUAGUCUCUGAGAAGCUGUAAUGUACUGACUUAUGCCUAUCAUGCUUACAAAGUGCAAGUUGUAAGUGAGAAUACUAAGUUUCAAUAUAGACAGCAUUCCAUAUUAAGAUCACAUAUCUCUCAUUGCCAUCUUUGACCGCAUUUUACAUCUCACUAACCACAAUUGCAUCAAGCAGCUGAAGACUCACUGUAAUCAAUUGCAUCACUGCUGGCUGUGAAUGCAUAGCUGUGUAGAAACAGGUUAUUGGGGAAGGGUGCUGUGGAAGUGCAUUGAAUACGACAAAUAUUUUAUAAAUAGUUAUAUACCGUUUGUCAACAAAAGUUCCCAAGGUGGUUUACAUAUAUAUAUAUAAAUAAAUAAAAUGGCUCCCUGUCCCCAAAGGGCUCAUAAUCUUUAAAAAAUGAACAAAAAACAUAAGAUAGACAUGUGCUAGGGAUAGAUAGGUCCAGUUGUUCUCCCCUAAAUAAAUAAAUAAAUAAAUAAAUCUCUUUCUAAAUAAAGAGAAUUACCACUUUUAAAAGGUGCCUCUUUUUCAUCAACUGCAUUCAUUCAAAUAAUCAAUUUUCUUUCAAGGAUCAAGCUCAUGAAAAACCAAGUUCUGUGAAAGUUUGAAGCACUGACUGACUGGCAUCUGUGAUGCCACAGAUGCUUCCUCCCAUCCAAGACUGAGUUUACAACUCUUUAAACAUAAGAUGACAUAUUAAUGUUUAAAUUCAGAAAUAUAUAUGUAGUGUUUGCAAUGGAUGAGGGAAAAGAGUGAUGACUGAGUCUGUGUGGAAAUUGCUGGUAUGUCUUUUACAUAGUGAAAGCAGGAGUAGGCCAUGGGGUAGGGGUGGGCACAGAAAUUGCUAUUAGGUUGCAUUUGGUACAUUCAACCUUUAUUUCAGUUAGUAGCUCCUGAUCUAGAAGCCAGAGAGGAAAUAGGAGAUGGUGCUGUGCAGAACGUAAUGCUCACUCUCUACCCACAGCUGUAAUAUCCUGGGGUCAGGGAAAGUGAAGAAAAUUUAAGCCCAGGCAAUGCAGACCAAUGAUGUCCAAGAUGUUGCCUUUGACUUCCAUUUUUAGAUCAACUGUGAUGCCAGACAUGAAUUAGAAGAAUGCAAAGUAUAUCCAGUGUAUACUCAAAAUGACAAAUCUUUACAAUAGACUUAUCCCAGGAAUA